GCUGGGUGCUGUGCCAAAACCACAGUUGCGCCUUUGGAUCGAGUGAAGGUUUUAUUACAAGCUCACAACCACCAUUACAAACAUUUAGGGGUACUGUCUACACUGCGUGCUGUUCCCCAGAAGGAAGGCUACCUUGGCUUGUAUAAAGGAAAUGGCGCCAUGAUGAUUCGAAUCUUUCCCUACGGUGCGAUCCAGUUCAUGGCGUUUGAGCAUUAUAAAACGUUCAUUACUACAAAGCUGGGAGUUUCUGGUCAUGUGCACAGAUUAAUGGCUGGAUCCAUGGCAGGCAUGACAGCGGUUAUCUGCACUUACCCUCUCGAUGUGGUUAGGGUGCGCCUCGCCUUCCAGGUGAAAGGGGAGCACACCUAUUCAGGGAUCAUUCAUGCAUUCAAGACGAUUUAUGCUAAGGAAGGCGGUUUCCUUGGAUUCUACAGAGGGCUGAUGCCUACUAUAUUGGGAAUGGCCCCGUAUGCAGGUGUUUCCUUUUUUACCUUCGGCACCUUGAAGAGCGUUGGGCUUUCCUACGCGCCCACCCUGCUUGGUCGCCCCUCAUCUGACAAUCCCAAUGUCCUAGUUCUGAGGACUCAUGUGAACUUACUGUGUGGUGGUGUUGCUGGAGCAAUAGCCCAGACGAUAUCCUACCCAUUUGAUGUGACCCGCCGGAGAAUGCAGUUGGGGACAGUCCUGCCAGAGUCUGAAAAGUGCCUUACGAUGCGGGAGACCAUGAAGUAUGUCUAUGGACACCAUGGGAUUCGGAAAGGACUGUACCGUGGCUUGUCUCUGAACUACAUCCGCUGUAUUCCCUCGCAAGCCGUGGCUUUCACAACCUAUGAACUUAUGAAGCAAUUUUUUCACCUUAACUAAAAGAAAAAAUUACCAGUUGUGAUGGUUUUCCUCAGUAAAUUCUCAGAGGGAAAUAUAUAUAUGAAUGUUACCUUAAUUGUGAGGGAGACAUUACUUGAAGGGGACGUUUGCCCUGUCACAGGAACCACUGGGGCUCUAAUACUUGAUUUCUGUUGGAUUUUAAAUCAUAGAUCGAAAGUGCUUAGCAUAAUGUUUUGUUUUCUUUUUGAUGGGAUCUAGAUAUGUAACCCUGGCUGGCUUGGAACUCCCUGUGGAGACCAGACU